CACACACACAUUCAACCUUUUGUUGAAAGUCUGUCUCAAAGCAGCCCAGCUUCACCAUGUCUUCCAUGCAGGCAGCCUACUUCAGCCCGGACAAGCCAGAACCCAUCAAAAAGAUCAUUAUGGGUUGGGUGAAGGAGAACAGUCAGAAAGUCUCACGCAUUCAUCAAUUCGGAUAUGGUUGGGAAGCAUGGUUGCAAGCUGAUUUGGGAUACCGUCUAGCUGUGCAACUAAACGGCGCCGGGCUGAGACGCGAGACGUUCGUCUACAAUGACCUGAGGCGUGUGGAUUUGAACAUCUAUGGUAACGCUGGUCCAACUCAGCCCUGGCACCUUUUCGAGUUCAAGUGCAAGACUCCCACUCAGAACACAACUGAAUUUCUCAGGGGUCUGCUAGAUGAUUGGGACAAACUGGAGGAUGUUGUGAUUGGCAAAGAUCAUGCGAGGCUCUGGGCUGUCGGGUUCUGGGUGGAUGAUGAUAUGGGCAAACCCAACGACAAUCGCCUUGCAAACUGGAACUUUGAGAAGGGUAAUGGUGUCAAUGUUAUGUGGAGGAGUUGGUACAGCCCAAAACCCACUGCUAGAUUAUCUUAGGUAGCCUUGGGUCCCCAGUGAAAGUGAUACCUAGCCUCGUAUCUUUCGACCAGAUCAUCAGAAACACUCAAUUGACAUCUGAUAUCCUCUCA